CUUGUCUGAUUGGCUGGAAACACGCUUCCCGGAGGCCUCCGCAGCAGUAUCUGUAUUCUAGGAAGAGGUGAAAUCCAGAGGUGAGGAAGGAGAAGCCGAGUAAGGAGCUGUGCUAAAAAGGCCUGGGAGCGGCGACGGCGACGACGACGACGACGUGGAUCAAUGUGUUGGUUGAACCGGGCGCAGUGAGUUCGAGGCGAAGAUUUAACGUAAGAAAUGGCUACGUACAGCUGCAGCCUGGUCUUGGCUACUCUCCGUUGCCGAAGUUCUCAUCUGGUCCUGAGAAAGAACCUGUGCCCGACAUACGCUUCCGCUUUCUGCACACAAAAUAGGGAGUGUGUCCCUCGACUGAGCUGCUUGGUGUCUACUGCCUUUGUGAGCCCCUCAUGGAGCACUCGUUCUUUCCAUGCUUCUGGAUUCUCUCUUCAGGAUGCCCCGUCCCCUCCUUUUCCCUCCAUUCCUCCACCCCCUCCGGAGCCAGAGAAAUCUCCGCAGGUCGUACGUAAAUCCAUCAGCCAGAGAGUGGUGGAUGAAAUCAAGCACUUCUACCACGGUUUCCGUCUGCUCUGGAUUGACACAAAGGUGGCUGCUCGGAUGGUCUGGCGGUUGCUACAUGGCCAAGUCCUGACUAGGAGGGAAAGGCGAAGGCUUAUGAGGACGUGCGCUGAUCUUUUCCGCCUGGUCCCGUUCAUGGUCUUUGUUAUCGUUCCCUUCAUGGAGUUUCUCCUGCCUGUGUUCCUGAAGCUCUUUCCAGAGAUGUUACCUUCCACAUUUGAAACGGAAUCAAAAAAGGAAGAAAAGAUGAAGAAAAAGUUUGCGGCAAAACUGGAAAUGGCCAAAUUCCUGCAAGAGACCAUCUCUGAGAUGGCACGGAGGAACAAGGCAGAGACUGGAGGCGAAAGCCAGCAGCAGUUCUCUUCCUAUGUGCAGCAGGUUCGAGGCACAGGUGAGCAGCCCAGCACAAAGGAGAUUGUGCGCUUCUCCAAACUCUUUGAGGAUGAAUUAACCCUAGAGCACCUGGAAAGGUCUCAGCUGGUGGCCCUGUGCAGACUGCUGGAACUGCCCCCCAUCGGCACCAACAACUUGCUGCGCUUCCAGCUCAUGAUGCAGCUCCGUUCCAUAAGAGCUGAUGAUGAGAUGAUCUUCAAGGAAGGGGUAGAAAACCUCACUGUUGCAGAGCUUCAAGCUGCCAGCAGGGCACGGGGCAUGAGAUCUCUGGGCCUCACAGAGGAGCAACUGAAGGAGCAAAUGAAACAGUGGCUGGAUUUACACCUGAAGGAGAAUGUUCCCCCAUCUCUGCUUCUUCUCUCCCGUGCACUGUAUCUGACGGAGCUGAAGCCUAAGCCCAUCCUGCCCUUGAAACAAGCGGUGGAGAUCCCUAAAGUCAAGCCUGUUGUGGUAGACUCCAUAGACACUAAGGAUAAUCUUGCUGACACGGCUCCUACCUUGAAAGGGUUAAAGGAAGAAGAACUUGUUUCAGAAUCUGCCACACACUCAAAAAAUACAAAAGCCAGUGCCAAUGGGGUGUAACGUCGCUGGAUACCAGGAGCAGAGCAAGGUCCACCGAAAGUCGCACCUCAGCCGACAAUUUAAAAAAAAAAAUCUCCUGUGUACCUCUCAUCUAGAACGAUGGUGCCUUUGCACGUGAAGAGUGCAGUGAACUUCCCAGAAUUGUUGCAUUGUGUCACGCAUUUCGCUCCCUCUUUGGGUGCUAUUAGGUGUGCUGGGUUUUUGCUGUGGUAUCACUAUAUAUUGCAGUAUACUGAUGCUGCUUAUACUCUUAAUUUAUCAGCGAUUGACGGAACAGACGCCUGUUGCCAGGGGCAAUUCUGGGGCUUCUGUUGCCAGAUGCCGCCUCCCAAUCCACGCUUAAAAAUCAAUGUCUGAGCGGUUCAAAGGAGGGCAGCAUCACUAGUGCAAUGAGCGCAAUACCACUCUCUGCACUAGCAGAGCCGAAAUUCAGAGUUAAAACCCUGAAAUUCAGCUCUUUAAGUUACACAGGCCACCCCUUGUAACUGGCCACUCGCUGCCUCCUGAGACAAGGUUCUCAAGUGUCAUAUUUGUCCCCUGCCAUUUAUGGUUAAAGCAGGUGCAUAUCAUAAUGCUGAGAAUUACAUCACCAAAUUAUAUGUAUUUUACAGGGCCCAGUUUUUUUUUAUUACAGCAGUGAGGGGAAAAUGGGGCAGACCAAGCAUGCAUUUCCCAUGCCCCCUCCUCCACUACAUAAAAAAAAAAAUAUCUGCUGCAGCUGCAUUUUCAGCCUUGUGAUGACUGCACCCAAGUAGCCUCAGUCAGGAUCCAUGUUGCCAGCACAACUACAACUGCCACAUUUAGAUCCUGUUUGGUUGGGCAUAAUCACUGGACUGAAAACAGCAUCAGUCAGGAUCCUAAUUUGACCCUUGCAGCAGUCACUCUGCAGGGUCCUAGUUACUGCUGGUUGACAACACAGCUGCAAAGGUUACAUUGGGAUUCCAACUGUGGCUGAUUGGGUGGGGUCAUCAGUCUGAAACUAGCCUCAGUCAGGAUCCAGAUGUGACCCUUGCAGCUGUACUGGCAAACGGCAGUUAAUCUGCAGGGAGUCUAGCUACAGCUUCCAGUACAGGAAACUUUCAGAUCUUGACUGAGACUGGGAAGGCUCGUCACCAGCCUGAAAAUGCAGCCCCAUGUUUGUCUGUUGCAAUGAGAAGAGACCAGUGUAUCUCCCUGAAUUAGUGCUGACCUAAUAACUGUUCUGUAUAAACCGCAUGGGUCCAACAGUUUACAUGGAAAUGAAAUACCAUUUUAUGUAAGUAUCUCUUUAUAUAGAUGACCUUUAAAUUAUACUGUAUGUAAAUAUGUACAUAGGGAUUUUUGGAAUAAACCAAUGUAGACCACUGUACAUUUAUGCUCAGAUACUUUAUAUUCUUGUAUGUACAGUUGAAUAUUUUUCCUUGCUGUCUGUAACUGGAAACAAAGCCUCUAUUAAAUGUCACAAAUUUGUUUUUAA